UCCCAGCUCACUAUCUCUCCGAUAAAAAUUCCAAAACUUCAAUCUUUUCAGUCUUCCCAGCUCCUAAACCACCCAUCCAUUUCCAUGUCCUAAGCCGCAUAAUGGACAAAGAACCCACGUCAGUAACAGAACUCACCACCCGCCGCUCCAACUUCCCUCUGCAACUCCUCCAAAAAAAAGAAUCAGAAGACCUCUCAAUCUCCUCCUCUUCCUCCUCCUCCUCCCUCCACCCCCUCUCCCUCCCCACCGACCCCCCCAAAAAACCAGCACCAAAGCGCAACUCAACUAAAGACCGCCACACCAAAGUCGACGGCCGAGGUCGCCGCAUCCGCAUGCCAGCUCUCUGCGCCGCCCGCGUCUUCCAACUCACCCGCGAACUCGGCCACAAAUCCGACGGCGAGACCAUCGAAUGGCUCCUCCAACAAGCCGAACCCGCGGUCAUCGCCGCCACGGGCACCGGCACCAUCCCCGCCAACUUCACUUCCCUCAACAUCUCCCUUCGUAGCUCCGGCUCAUCCAUCUCCGCUGGCCCGUCACACCGCCUCCUCCACUCCUCCGCCGCUCCGCCCCCCGUUCGCCUCCGCUCCGAUUGGGGGUGGGAACACGAGCUCAUGGCAGGGUAUACAACUGCCCCGGCAGCACAUUUCUUUCCCGCUGGCGAGCCAGUUUGGCCGUCGUACGCGACGGCGACCAUGUUUCGAGAGUUCAUGAACUUUCCCAGCGCGGCUCCCAUGACUUUACUGCAAGGUCAACCGCAGCUCAGUGGCGGCGGCGGCGGUAGCGGCGGCGGUGAAGGGCAUUUGGGUAUUAUGGCCGCGCUUAACUCGUAUAGAGCGGUGGAAGCAGGAAGUCAAGAAGAGCCAGAGAGAAAUCAUCAUAGAAUGACUUCAAACGAUUCUUAGCUAAGUUCGCCGCUUCACAAUUAAUUCAGUAGUUCUAUCGAUCUAUUUGCUUCGCUGUUGUUUCCUUUUUUUAAUUUUUUGGCUAUUACUAUUUUGUUGUUUGCAUCAACGAUCUGUGGAAACAAUUCUUUGCUCUUUAAUUUCUCUAAGAUUUUUAGGAUUUCAAAAUUACUGAAUGAUAGUUUAUAUAUUGUGCUAUCUUAUUGCCUUUGGUCUAAGUUCUAACUUUACAUAAUUUUAUUUUAUUUUUUCAGUGAAUUUUGUAGUUCAGAGCUGUUCUUGAAUUUCAGUUCUUCUAUUUUGAAAUAAAAAAUUUGGAGGCUGAGGUAACAGUUUAUUUGCUUAGGGAUCGGAGAAACUAUCUCCAUGGUUAUACGUACUGAAAUUAUAUUAGAUAUUAACACAAAGCAAAAUUAAGCCUUUUGUUUGCGACAGCUUUUUUUGUGCUUAAUUUUUUAGUUCAAAAAUCAAAACAUUUGAAAAAGUAAAAAAACUGACCCGAACGAAGCCUAAAUCUUUUGAGUAUGGCAACCAAUGCUUAGCUUAAUCCAAUCUAUUAAUGAUGAUUAGAUGGAGGUUUUACAUCAAAUUAUAUAUAUUGCCUAACAAUUUGGAUUUUAUUAAAUUUUUAAUAAUUUAUGCACGUGAAAAGUUAAUACUUAAUAUUCAGUAAUAAAUAGAAUUCAGAUACUAUAUACGUAAAUAUCUCAAGAUUUUUAAAACAUGCUAAACCCUAAAUUAAUCUAUCCAAAACUGGAUAAGUACGGCUUUUUCUAUCUAUAAUUGAUUAGCUAAGGUUUUUUUGCAGAAGCAAAGCUUUGAAUUUUGAUGUAUUAAGAAUAGUAAAAGUAAUUAGUGUGAUCAGACUUUUGAGUUCUACAUUGGCAUAAAAACUGAUUAGCAUAAAAGAGUAAUUAAUUUAUACAAUCAUGGAGUUAAAUGCAAUAACCAUGACUCCAUGAGCAUCCAAAUAGCCGCUAUCAAAAAGGUUUUUUCACAGUAGAUAUUUGUAGUUGUUUGUUUUUUGCAUCGAUUUAGGCAGUUACUAUUUGUUGUGGUUUUAACCGGUGCAAGUAGCACUGAUUUUGAUCGCUACCAAAAUUCUUUACAUUCUAUACGCCUCAUGACGCUUUUGGCUUGCCCUAAUUCUUACGUGCAUUCGCUGCCUUGGAUCUGAGAGUUUCACGGCUUGCCUAAUUCUUCCUCUUCUUCGUUUCGUGCAUCAAUUCGUUGCUUUGGAUCGGAGAAACCACUGCAAAAAAAUUAGUGGCGGUUAAAACCGCCGGGAUAACUCAAAAAAAGUGUUGUGAUAGCCGUAUUUGAUGGUAGUGAGCUAGCUUCUCAAUGUAGAAAGAGCUAAUUACUUUGUUAAGAACAUGUUGUACUAAAGUUUUAUGUUAUACUGAUAAUAUUUUUCUAAUGGACUGAGUAGAAAACAAGGGCUGUCUCUUGUUUACUUCCUAUAUAUAUAUUUCAUCUGUCACAUGUGAACGUGUAUGGUUUCCUUAAGCUACUGCAGCUAUCUGUUUGCAAGGGAUAGUUUUCUCUCUCCUACAUUGUGGACAAACCAAGCGCUUGGGUGCUUAUGAAGCUCACUGGCCUCUCUUUUGCUUUCAGAUGGACAUGAGAUCCCUUGAAGAGAUCUUGUGUGUAAGGAACUGAUAGACAGAUAGCUUUGGCACACCUCAAAUUAUUUAAAGCUGUCUUCCUUUAUGAUCUGUAAGAGGGCAGCCAGUGCU